GCUCCCAGCCGCUCGCAAAUGGCGGCCAAGAUGGCGGUGGGUCAGCUGACGGAGAGUCUCGGCGUCCCGGAAGCCCCACCUCAUCAGCAGCUCCGCCCCCUCACUACGGUUUCCUUGACAACCGCGCGCCACCCAAUAGGAAAGCAGCCACCUCGCGUCGAUGCCUGUGUGGCCCACCCCUUCCUGGGCAGCACCCCGCAGUAUGAUUGGUGGCACGGCGGGAACCGGUGUCAGGAGUCGGUCCUAGCGGCAGUCCAGAGGCUGAGACUGGAGCAUCAGGGGUUGCGGGCCAGCCUGGGCUAUGUGGAUCCCUGUCUGAAAAUAGCAGCACAAGGCUCGGGGCGGACUCCGGAGGGAGCUCUGGGUUCCAUUCCCUGCUCCCCACCCGCCUCCCCGUCAUCCCAGCACUCGGGAGGCAGAGGCAGGAGAAUCUGGAGUUCAGUGCCAGCCUUGAAUACCGUAACGACUAUACACAAACGUAAACAAAAAUAUCCGUGCCUGGAAUCUCGCAGUGAGGGGCUGGGGGUGUGGUCAGGGUGGAGCCCCUCUCUCAGAAUCCUGCAGUCAGGGGCUGAAGAUGAAUGGCUCAGUAUUGAGUGUAAUAGUGAGUUUGGAAUGCAUGAACUCUAGAUUAAUUCACCAACGCUGAAAAUAAAUGACAAUAUGUAGAAGCGGGGCUGGAGAGAUGGCUCAGAGGUUAAGAGCGCUGACUGCUCUUCCAAUGGGUGCUGGGCCCAAUUCCUAGCACCCACUCAGUGGGAGACCUCCUCCCACAAAGCCCCACUUCCUAAUCCUCCCCAGACAAUCCCAGAAACUAGGAACCAAGCACUCAAACACAGGAGCCUAUGGGAGCUCCACAGACAUACCAGUAAUAAUAAUAAUAUGAAUAUGAAUAUGAAUACAGAUAGGACUGGAGUGACCUGAAAACGGACAUAUUAUCUAGUACUGCUCUUGCACAGAACUGAAGUUUGAUUCCCAAUACCAAUGGGCCAAGUAGACUAACAGCCUCACCUUAACUCCAGUUCCAGGAGAUUACAUGCCCUCUUCUGGCCUCAGUGAGGAAUUACACCCAUGCCAGGCACAAGAAAUCAAAUAGGUAAUCACACAAACACACGAAUAAAAAUAAAAUUUAAAGAUAAAUCUUUACAAUACAUACAAAGGAAACUGAAGAGAUAAUGCUGUAUUUAAAAGAGCUGGCUGCGCCGGGUGUGGAGGAUCUCUGUGAGUUCGAGGUCAGCCUGGUCUACAGAGCAAGUUCCAGGACAGCCUCUAAAACAAUACAGAGAAACCCGGUCUCGAAAAACCAAAAAAAAAAAAAAAAAAAAAAAAAAAAAGAAAGAAAGAAAGUGCUGGAUUCUUCCCCCAGAGGAUCUAGGGUCAAUCCCUACAACCUGCCUGGAGGCCAAUAGUGUAACUCUAGUUCCAGGGGAUCCAAGACGUUCCCUGGUUUCCACAGACCAGGAAUGCAUGUGUUACACAGAUAUACAUGUAAGCACAACAUCCACACAUAAAAAAUAAAUGAAGCCGGAGGGUGGUGGAGCACACCUUUAAUACCACCACUUGGGAGGC